AUGGAUGUCACAAAGAUAUCUGUUCAGGCAAUAUUGUUGUUCGGCUUGUUAAACUCCUGUGCUGUAUUUAUCGUGAAUCCUACCUUCGGAUGGUGUGAAAAGUCUCAGGAAGAAAGAUUUCGAUCUCUUUCUGUGAUUGGAGAAACAAGAUGGUGGUCCAGAGAUGCAGCACUUACAAAGGUGUUUGGUUCAUUUAGUGAUCCAAGUCAAGCCUUGUAUGUAGAUUUGAUCCAGACCAUGGCAGAAAUAUCACGUUCUGAUCAUUUUAAUGCUGACAUCAGAUACAAGGCUGAAACUUACUUAGAAUCCCUCAAAAAAUUCUGCACACUUAUAACGGCACAGCUGUACUUAUUUGUUUUUAAGAAUACCACUCCACUAUCCUUGUACCUGCAAACACAAGGUAUGGAUGUAUUGCAGGCAUACCGAAUGGUGACAGAAACGGUAAACAACUUGCAAUCACGUGAUCGUGAUUCCCAAAUGAUUAUAGAUGCUGCAAAGAAGUUUACAGUCUGGGCAAACAGCAAGUUGGAUACAACCGACUGCAAAGUUUUGAUUGAGAAAGACUAUCCAUCACCUCGAAGAAUACAACGUAAGAAAAGAAUGGGUGGUGAGCUUGCAGUAGACGAACCAAUUCUGUUAGCAAGUGAUCAGUUCCGGGUGGAGGUGUACAAUGUGACCUUGGACAAGAUCAUUAAUAGUCCGCAUAGCCGAAUUACAACACAUGGUCAGUUAUUUGCAGAUUUGGCAUGUUUAGAUCCCCAAAAUUUUGAAGAUAUUUUACUAGACCUUCCCAGCAGUGCAUUAGAACGACUGAGUAGCCUUGUAAUUAAAUUUUACUCCAACGCAACUAAAGAAAAACUGCAAAGUGAGCUACUUGAUUUUGCAUCAAAGUGGAAAAAGAUUGAAAAUGUCACUUGA